UUACUACUUAGCUUCGGCUGGUGGAGGUCCUGACGAACUACGUCCAGAUACUGCGUCCGGAGUGAAAAAGUUGAAUGAAAAACGUUGAGCGAGGGAAAACAAGUCUCCAAUUCAAACCACAGGUUUUCAAUCUGCAAAGGUAGGACAGAAGCCAGCUGUCCUCUAGCUACACUAUGACACUACCCUACAGAGUGCUGUUAAUGCUACUGUAGACCUUCAUUGCAAAACAGUGUGUUUAAAAAAAAUAUUUGGUGACGUGAAUAUAUUUAGUAAAGGUUUAUUUUCAUGAAAUUCACAGAGGAGGAUAGUAUUCCCCUUCCUCCUCUGAGAGCCUGCAAUGGUCCCCAUUUAGACUUGGUCAUUGUACUUGCCCUAUCAGAUCUGGUUAUACGGUUUUCAUGUUGUCUUGAGGGUUAAUGACUAACUGUGUAACUGGCACCAAUUUAUUUCAGUUUUUUUUGCUGAUGUUUACUGACACGUGUCAUAACAACCGGAUUCAAGGUCGUUCGUAAAUACAUCAAUUAUUUUGCGCUCUGGUACCCUCACACCAGAGUCCUCUGAAAUCUGGAAGAUUGCCAGAGUGAAUUAACGAACGCACCCGCGUAUAUUGUAGAUGUGCUAAGAUUAUUAGAUUUCAGGAUUUUUUGCACUGGAAAGGGAAUUAUUAGAAAAUCACGCAGCCUUCACAAGAUAAUUCCAAAUGGCCAAUACAGUAAUGUAUAAAACAUUGAUGAUUCAGUCAGUGCCCUACUGGUAUAGUUUGUAUUAUUUGCAACACCUGUAGUGGGGGUGGUGGCGCUGCAGUUAUUAUGAGGACUCAUUAUGGCGCACCUCUUUCCUUGAAAAGAGUCGUCGUUUAGUUAGGCUUCCGGUAAAGGGACGUUUUUAACAUAUAUCACAGUGCUUGUUAGCAAGGCUGCUCAAAAUGCCGAAGUUUUAUUGUGAUUACUGUGAUACCUACCUUACUCAUGACUCGCCCUCUGUGAGGAAAACACACUGCAGUGGCCGCAAACACAAAGAAAAUGUAAAAGACUACUACCAGAAAUGGAUGGAAGAACAAGCGCAGAGCCUCAUUGACAAAACAACCGCUGCCUUCCAACAAGGGAAGAUGCCCCCAACACCAUUCCCAGGAGCCCCACCUCCAGGGGGUGCCAUGAUCCCUCCACCAAACCUCAAUGGCCCCCCACGUCCAGGGAUGCUACCAACACCCCAGAUGGGUGGUCCUCCAAUGAUGCCCAUGAUGGGUGGAAUGGGACCACCUCCACCUGGAAUGAUGGGUGGUCCAGGUAUGCGACCUCCAAUGGGUGGCCGAAUGCAGAUGAUGCCUGGACAUCACAUGAUGCGACCUCCCGGUCACCCAAUGAUGAUGCGGCCAAUGAUGGCACGGCCAGACCGAUAAACUCUCCCGACUCCCUCAAACACACCACGGGUUUGUUCCACAUGAUCAGUAAAUCUUAUUUUCUCACUUAUAAAAUCGGUUUGAUUAAGGGAAAUCGAUUGUUGAAUAAGGUGGUCUCAAAUAUAAAAUGUUUGUCUCUGACAAGUGCCACAGUUGCUCACAUGUAGCUAGUUCAUCAUAUAAUUAUUGGUAACUUUGCGUCAAACUUCUUCUAAGUAGAUUUUAAGGUGAGGAGCGUUACUGAUCCUGUGGAACAAACCUUUUGGCAAAUCCCUCCACUCUACAACUCUUUCUUGGACUUCACUUUACAUAAUAAUAUGUUGGUUAUCUUGCCUUUGCUGUACCAUCCAUUUUCCCUGGAUGAUUUCAUUUUUAUUAUUCUAUAGAUUUUAUAAUGUUCCCUCUGCUUAUUCCCAUUUUCCUGCUCAUUGUUAUUUUGGUGUCUUGGCAAGUGCCAAAGACAAAACUGGGAAGUUAUGAAAAUGUUGUUGAAUGUGUUUUAUCAUUCACCUAGAGGUGUAUUAUAAGGUCUCCCGUUUUAUUUGUUUGGCAGUACCAGUCAGAUGAGUCAGCAGCAGUUUCUUUUUUACAAUUUUAUGAGCCGUUACUAUUGGCUUUUAAUUUGUUGUAUUACGGUCUAUUAAACGAAAAGCAAAGUGCUGUGUGGUCGUUAAUGUUUUAAUCUCUGAACAACACCGUUGUCAUUUUUUAUACCUAGCUCUUCUUUAUAAAUUCAGCAGGGGGCGCUAGAAUGUAAUAUUUGUGACCCAGGCACCUAAACCCAAGGCAGCAUGUUUUUGCUCGCUAUGUCUUAUGGGAAAAAUACUUUUAGACAAAUGACUGUGCAAUCGUAAUGAAUGAGAGAAGGCAGCCAGCUGGGCAUUUCACUGAAGAUAAGAGGGCGUGGAAUGUGAAGAGAUGCAAAUAAGCUAGCUACAAAUAAACAAUUUAGCUAGCGAUCUUAUUCUCCCAAUACCGCUAUGGCGGGAAUAAUAAAAAAACAAAUAUUGAAACAUUUGUCCAGGUUCACCAAGAACCUGUCUCCAGACAAGAUAAACCUGAGCACACUGAAGGGCGAGGGUCAGCUGUCCAACCUGGAGCUGGAUGAGGAGGUGCUGCAGAACAUGCUGGACUUGCCUACCUGGUUGGCUGUCACCCGGGUCUACUGCAACAAGGCUGCAAUCAGGAUACAAUGGACAAAGUUGAAGACCAGCCCCAUCUGCCUGUUCCUGGACAAGGUGGAGGUGGAGAUGAGAACGUGUGAGGAGCCCCGUGCACCAAAUGGCCCCUCCCCUAUUGCCAUCACUGCUGGCCAGAGUGAGUAUGGCUUCGCUGAGAAGGUGGUGGAGGGUAUGUCUGUCAUCAUCAACUCCAUCACCAUCAAGGUGCAGUCCCGUGCCUUCCACGCCUCCUUCGAGCUCUGGCAGCUCCAGGGUAACAGUCUCAACCCCAAAUGGCAGAAGACUGACCUCCGCUACACCCGCAUCACAGACCCCAAGAGAGGAGAGGUUUUGACGUUUAAGGAGAUCAACUGGCAGAGUCUGCGUAUAGAGGCUGAUGCCAUAGAGAGUGAAGACCAGGACCUGGGCAGUAUCCCACUACGCCUCAUUACCAACCAGGGACGCAUCCGCAUCGCCCUGAAGCGCAGGGUGAAGGACUGUAAUGUUCUGGCCUCGAAGCUGCUCUUCAUUUUGGACGACCUGCUGUGGGUGCUGACGGACUCUCAGCUCAAAGCUGUCAUCCACUACGCCAAGUCCCUGAGUGAGGCCAUGGAGAAGUCUGCCCAGCAGAGGAAGAAUAUGGCUGCAGAGUCUCUACAGACUGCACCCCCAUCCCCUGGUAUCCACAAUCUAUGGACAGACCCUUCACCCCCUCCCAGCGUUGGUGUACCCAGUACCCUGGACCAGUACUUUGAUCAACACGACGUCAAAGAGUCCUCCUACCACACCUUCAUCUCUCGUCUAGACCUGCACAUAUGCAACGACAGCUCCUCAACAGACCCCGAUGAGCCUCCACCUCCAGGCUCUCAGGGUGCAAUGCAGUUGACCUUCCGCAAGCUGGGUUUUGACUACUACCCCAUCCACCGGCCCGCUGAUGGCUGUCAGCACUGGGAGCGUCACUGUGGAGCAAUGGAGGCCCGAGCCCAGUGGGCUUGCAGACUGCUGCAGGAGUUCCAGAGGAGGGUGGAGGCGUCAGGUAUCCCUGGUCCACAUUCUGAGAUCCCCAACCAGGCCAAGGACUCCCCCGCCAAGAGGGCUCACGAUGGACAGCCCAGCCCCCCUGAUAGGGAUCAGAGGUCCAGGAGGAACUCAAUAGCACCUCCUCCCCCGGGGAAUCCUUUGAAGAGGCUCCGCUCUAGCUGUGUGGUGGUACGAAUGGACGACCUUGAUAUCCAUCAGGUGUCUACAGGGGGACGCCACAGCAAGAAGACCCAGUCCUUAAUAUCCUGUAACCGCAAGGCCCUGAACCUAGCAGACAAUAUACCAGCCAUCCACCUGCAAUUCACAGAGUAUUACUUCCCUGACAACCCUGGUUUGCCUGUACCCAACACUAACCUGUAUGCCCAGCUGAACGGCCUACAGCUGUGCCUAGACCCAGCUAGUCUGCUGUGGGUCAACCUGUUCUCGCGGGGCCUGCUGCGUACCCUGGAGCAGGUCAAAGCCUUCUACCAACUCCAGGACGGCAGCAAGGCAGAGGAGCACGUGGACAUCCGCAUGGACGCAGCACAGAUCAAAUUGAUUAUUCCCCUGGAGUCAUCCAUCAUGGACCACCAAGACAGGCCCCAGUCUCUGAACAUCACUGUUCCCCAGAUGGUCCUCAGCAACACCUGCCACUCCCCACACGGCACCCGGGCCGACCUCAACGCCACCUACAGCAGCUUCUCCACCUGCCACUUCUUCCAGUCCGCUCCCCCAUGCUCCUUCCCCCGAGACCAGAGCGCCUUUCUCCCCCUACCCUCUGCCUUCCUCCAGCACUCCCUGGAGAUGGAGCCCCUGCCCUUUUCUGAGAUGAGGCCCCUCCGGGCCAAGGACGUCUGGUCCCUAAGUCUCUCCCGCCUGUCUGUGAGCUUCGAGGGGGCACGGAAAAGCAACAAGGGCAGAGCUCACCCCUUCGUGGAGCCUUUCACCAUGUCUGUGUGGAUAUGUUGUCCAUGUGCGUUUAAGGGCUGUUCCCUGGUCUCCUCUCCCAUUGAACCAGCUCCUGUAGAUCCCAACCAUGGAUCCUUAGAGCAGGAGAACCAGCUCCCUUCCAACCCUGACCACCACAACCAGGACAGUAAAAAGGAGGCUCCAGUGGCCUCUAUUCACUUCUUGGCCCAGGCCAUCACACCGGUCAAAGUGUGGCUCAACCACUACCAGUAUGUGGCCCUGCUGCGGAUGAAGGACACCCUGGCCAGGCUGGGGGGCGAGCUGGGCCGGGACACCAGGGACGCUAAGCAGGCCAGGGGCCAGGAGUCUGAGCCCCCUACGAUGUGCCUAGCCCUCCUAAUGGACUCAGUGGAGCUGGGGCUCCUGCUACCACCUGCAGCCAUGGAGCCAGAGGAGGAGGAGGCCCACACCCCAGGAUCUGAAAGCCCCAGCCUGACAGACUCUGACCUCUCCCCCACUCACCAGGCUUCAUCGCCAGGCCCUCUUGAGGACAGUGGGAUAGGAAACGGUACUGCCACCGUCAACAGCUCUCCUCCCAUUGAGCAGGAAGUGGAUGGUGUGGUAGAGGAGGCCAGCGAGGCAGUAGAGGUCAUGGAGGGGGAGACAACCCAGGAGGAUGGUCCUGUCCCCUCUCCUCCCUUCUCCCCUGAACACCAUCCCUCCCUCCUGUCUAGGGACCCCUCUACCUUCAGCCUGGAGGAAGAGCUGUCCAACGCCCUCACCGCCACCAAGGAUGUCACCAAAGAUGCCUUUAGUGCCUCCCUGGACCUGACUAAAGGGGCGUUCUCCAUCACAAAAGAUGCCUUCAGCUUCAUGAGUCGCGGGUCAGGGAUGAGCAAGCUGUUCACUACACAGGCCAAGGAGCAGCGCCCCGAGGAGGGAUGCCCUAUGGCCAGUCUGCGGCUCCAGUCCAUGAAGCUGUCUCUCUCACAGUACUCAUUUGACAGCGCCAUCCUGGACGGAAGCCUGCCCGACGACCACCUCUCAGUGGACAGCGACUCUAGUGACAACAUUCUCAUGGAUGAGUCAGGAGUAGAGUCCAUGAUGCGACCCAACAGCACCCUUGGGCCCAUGGACAGUGGAGGCAGCGCUGCCCCGGGGACAGAGGGAGGGUUAUCAGCCGACCUGAGCAGCUCCCCAUCCCAGAGCAUUGAGGACAUCACACAGGACACAGCCUCUGUGUUGUUGCUGGUGCUCAGUGGUAUUGCCUGUGUGGCGGACCUGAAGGGAGAGGACCUGGUGGUGGCAGUGGAGGUCCAGCAUCUCACCUCCAGACAGAUGGGCAACGUAAGGGUCUCUGACCUGCUGGCCAGACAAAUGUCAGGUGGGUCCACCCUGGGACAGAGACAGGGCUGCAGGUCAGCUCCAGUGGUGGGCAUGCGAAUAGAGAUGGGUCCCUCUGCAGCACGGCACGGUCCCCUCUCUGCGUUGGUAGGUCACCUGGAGCUGGGUGUGCAGGGCUGUCGGGCGGAGCUCCUGGCCUCCACCCUGGCUACCCUGGGGCCCUUCCUGGAGGAUGAGCUCAGUGCUGAUGUCCAGCCCAUGAAGAUCCGCCUGGACAAUGUCACCAUCACUCUGAAGGAUGAUGGUCCCAAGAUCUACCCGACGGCCCCCCAGCCCCAACCUGCAACCUUUACCAUAGACCAGGUGGUUCUGGAGCGCUCUGAUGAUGGCUUGUUUAGAAUCAAAGGUGGUGCAGGCCCAGACUCUGCAGGUGGUGCUGUGGUAUGUUUGGAGAAACCCGACAGUUCUUGUUCUGUCCAACCACAGCAGAGCAUGAGUCCAUCCCUGGGGUCCCAGCUAUUGGAGGCUCAGUUGGCCCUCUCUCAAGCGCUCACUGACCGAGAACGUCUCCUCCUGGAGGUCAGGAAAUACGACCCCAUGUUUGACCUGUGACUACUUUACUCCCCCAACCAGCAGAGGGCGAUAUACUGACACUGCAUCAAUAAGGGAGUAAAGGAACUGAAUGAAAUGUCUGGACUCAGGCAUAUGACAAUUUGUAAACAACAAAGAUGAGCACCCAAUGGUGGAAUCCACCCUGGUAGUUCGAAAGCUCAAGCUCUUCUAAUGAAUUGUACAAACAGUGUGUCACUUCCAGAGAACACAUAGGGGGCCCUUGUAUUAACAAGAAGCCCCACUGAAGUCACUCUUUACACUCUGAGGUACAUAAUAACAGGCACUAGUUUCAUCUGACAAUCUAAACAUGUUCCCUUCUGCUGUACAAAAGCAGUUUUAAUUUAAACCACCAUAGAGAAUAGUUAACUCAUUGUUGGGCUGCAACUCAAUUGCCAUUUAUCUUUGAUUUGAAGAACACAUGCCAAAAUGUGUCUUGUAGACUGAGUGGUUAGAGCCCGGAAUGCUGAUUGGCUGAUGGCCGUGGUAUAUCAGACCGCAUACCACAGGUAUGACAAAACAUGUAUUUUUACUCCUCUAAUUACAUUGAUAACCAGUUUAAAAUAGCAGUAAGGCACCCCGGGGGUUUGUGGUAUAUGACCAAUAUACCAAGGGCUGUGUCCGGGCACUCCGCAAUGUGUUGUGCAUAAGAACAUCCCUUAGCCGUGGUAUACUGGCCAUAUACCACACCCAUUGUGCCUUAUUGCUUAAUUAUAUGCACUGUGUCUUAUAUGCCAGAGAACAGUCAGAGUUGUAAUUGAUGUCUGUUGAUGAUAUGUUUUCAUGUACAAAUCAUUCACUGUCAGGCAUGCUGUGUGAAGAUCACUAGUGUUUUAGGAAUCUUGGUGUGUGGGUUUACAAACAUCCACAAAGCUUCAAAGAUUAAACUGCUUGUCAAUGUUAAGUAGGUCCUGUCCAUAGUUGUACAUAACUGUAGGUCUGUAUAGUUAGGAGCUGGUAUCUUAGAUGCAUUAAUGUAACCAUUGUUUAGAACCAUAGUGUAUUAAAUAGAAGAUUAGGGAAAGAAAAGCACUUUGACUUCAAGCAGUACUGCACUGUAUCCAUGGAGCUCCUGUGAAUGGGAGCACAAGACAAACCUGCAUAUCUAUCCCUUUGAUUGAUUGGUUGUGUAUCAGAGGGUAGGGCAAGCUGUCUCCACACUGUUCAGACUUUUUCAGACACCAGGUCAUUCCCCAGUGUUAUCUUUGCAUCAUAAAAAAGUAUUACAUUUUGUGACUGUAAAACUAUAUUUGUAUUCUUCGUUUAAUGUUCAGAUGACGCAUGCCUUUUGAGGAAAGGUUCCACAAUUGUUGCGGUACGUUAACUCAUUUAGUUUGUUACAUGAGGUGUACCCUGCCCUCAGACCGGUAUUACUUGAUCUCCUUAACUCACUCAUCUGCAUGGAGAAACACACAUUCUAGGCAUGUACUAAUACCUCACUGCAUGGAUGAAAUGUAGUGUUAUUCUUUUGAUAUGAACUUUUACAGGCAUGUAACAUGAAUUUUUCUUUUUGCAGCUAUUGUCUUUUUUUAAAUGAUUUUCCAUUAGACAGUGUAGCUACUAGCCAUGUCAAACAAACACUAGUGGCACAGCCAUCAUAUCAAAGAAUAGAGAUAAUGAAUCUUAAUUGUCUAUAUAUGCACAAUAUAUGUAUAAUACUAAUCAUUUUAUCUACAGUAAAACUGACAGGUGCAUUAAUGCCAAUUUGUUCAUGUAUUCCACCCAUUGGGUACCUUUCUAUUACUAUGUAAAAGUCGUGAAGCCUUUGUACUAAUUGGAAUAAUUUCUAGUAUUAUUUAAUGAUGUGGUUAUGUUUUAAUUAUAUAUUUUUGUAGCAUUUCUAGGGUAUGAUGUGGCGGUGACAUUAGAAGUAUUUAAAUUGUAUUAUUUGUAUGUUUUUUUGUAUUUAGAUUAGUAUUUGGUCCUGAUGAGUGAGAGGAGAGACAUUGGAGUAACGUUACUUAGAUCCAAGUCACAUUCCGCAAAACAAGUGUGAGUUGUGAGAAACUCAAAUGGAUCAAGAGACUUGUUUGUGUAUGUGGUACAGUGCUAACAAGUUAAUAACUCCACAACCCUCAGUUGAGCUUUUAGCAUCAUUCUCCACUCUCUUCUGAGUGGUAGUUUGAGACCUCUGGUGGUCAGAAUAAUAUGCCACUGAUUUUCUGGUUGCCUUCCAAUAUGAAUAUGAAUGACAGUGUUACUUUCUAAUUGUGGGAAGUAGCAUGAAGCAAUAGGAGGAAGUCUGUUUUGCCCAUAUUCUGAGAGGGAAUUUUUUUAUUUUUUUAUGUAUGAAUAAGAUUAUCAAAUAAAAAAUAGUUCAGUUUUUUUCCCAUCCUGCAUGUUUUGUAUUUGAAAAUUCCCUCAAGGUCAGUCAGUGUAACAAAGCAGUGAUUCCAUUCUCAAUAAUAUCAGCGCCCCAAUUUUCUUGCUGAUAUUUGCUUUUUGGCAUGGCCUUGGCUGUCAGUGUGAUGGGGAAUGAAAAUUACAUCCCCAGUUGGAAGGAUGCAGUUAUGUUGACUGUGACUAAGUGUGUCUAAAAAUCAAUCCUCACCCCCUCCUUAGAACCCUGUUAGUACCUCUCUGUUCACAGCAGGGUGCCCACUCUGCCCCCAGCCAGCUCCCUCCUCACUGCCUGUCAAGUUACACUUCUACUGCAUCCCUUAUCUUGCUUGGGUUACCAUGAUGUAUGGGGAUGGGACUGGGAUACCAGGCACCUCCCUACAUGGGCUGCUUUCUCUUCUUUCGUCUUCGUCAUCAGAAUGACUUUGCAAAAAUAUUAUCAAUGUUGUGGAAGGAGUGAGUGCAUGCAUUGUAACUGAACUGAUUGUUCUUUUGCUCUAUACCUUGUGGAUUAUUUGCACUUAGGUGUGGUAUGUUCACUAGAAAUUGCACUUGCUUAAUGUGAAUCACUUAGAGGAUCAUCCCUGAUAUUUUCCUGACACUAAUGUUGUGGGAGGCCCUCUGACAGUAUUAUGUAAUAUUUGUGUAACACUUGCUUAGAAGUCAUCACAUCAUUGAAUAAGACUAAACUUGGUUCUGUGAACCAAAUUAGUAUGUGAAAUGUUUCAAAGUGAUAAACUACUGAACCAAC